GCCAAGUUGCCUGCCUGUGGUGUGUGGUGUGGGGGGGAAGGCCUAGGGCAGCAGGAGCAGGACAGCCAGACAGGCCGGACGGGGUACCAGCGCCUCGACUUCUCUCCUUGGGACACUGUCCAAACUUCGAGGGCCAUAGGCCAACCUGAGCGAUGGGUGCUGAGGAGGAGGUGCUGGUCACACUAUCAGGGGGAGCCCCCUGGGGCUUCCGACUUCAGGGGGGGGCCGAGCAGAGGAAACCCUUACAGGUGUCCAAGAUCCGAAGACGGAGCCAGGCUGGCAGAGCAGGACUCCGAGAGAGGGACCAGCUUUUGGCCAUCAAUGGAGUCUCCUGCACCAGCUUCUCUCAUGCCAGUGCCAUGAGCCUCAUCGAUGCCUCAGGAAAUCAGCUUGUCCUCACCGUGCGGCGGCGAGAGGACGAGGGGCCAGUGCGAUCUCCAUCCCCUGGUGAGCUUCAGGCAUUGUCACCCUUGUCUCCACUGAGUCCUGAGCCCCCUGGUGCUCCAGUUCCCCAGCCUCUCCAGCCUGGGAGCCUCCUUUCACCCCCUGACAGUGAAGCUUACUAUGGAGAGACCGACAGUGAUGCUGAUGGCCCAGCCACACAGGAAAAGCCCCGCCGACCCCGCCGCCGAGGUCCCACAAGGCCCACCGCACCAGGAGCCCCACCUGAUGAGAUCUACCUGUCUGACAGCCCUGCAGAGCCAGCACCUGCUGUCCUUGGCUCUCCCAGCCAGGGUGACAGCCGCCUGAGCUCCCCAUCUUGGGAGGAUGUUUCGACUCUUCAGCCACCCCCAGCUGAAGCCCUGCUGCUGCCCCGUGGCCCCCUCCGGCCUGGCCCUCAUCUCAUCCCUAUGGUGGGGCCUGUUCCCCAUCCAGUGGCAGAAGAUCUCACUACCACCUACACCCAGAAGGCCAAACAAGCCAAACUGCAAAGGGCAGAGAGCCUUCAAGAGAGGAGUGUGAAGGAGGCCAAGACCAAAUGUCGGACGAUUGCGUCCCUGCUAACCGCAGCCCCCAACCCCCACUCCAAGGGGGUGCUAAUGUUUAAGAAACGUCGACAGAGAGCCAAGAAGUACACCCUAGUGAGCUUCGGGGCUGCGGCUGGGACAGGCGCUGAGGAGGAGGACGGCGUCCCUCCGACUAGUGAGUCCGAGCUGGACGAGGAGGCCUUCUCCGACGCCCGCAGCCUCACCAACCAGUCCGACUGGGACAGCCCCUACCUGGACAUGGAGCUAGCCAGGCCGGGUUCAGGUGCAGCAGAGGGCCAGGGCCCGGGGCAGGGAGGGCAGCUGAUUGAGGCCUCCGGGCGAGGGGCCCAACUCUUUGAACAGCAGCGCCAGCGCGCAGCCUCCAGCACCCAGGAGCUGGCCCCAGAGGGUCCAGCAACCAUGCUCAACGGGCAAGGCCUGCAGCCACCACCUCGGGCACAAAGUGCACCGCCAGAGGCGGCUGUGCCCGCAUCCAGCCCUUCGCCAGCCCCUGAAACCAUCCCCAGACCUUUCCUCCCCGGCGGUGGAGUCUCUACCCCAGCUCCAAGCAUCUUUAACCGGUCAGCCAGGCCCUUUACCCCGGGCUUACAAGGGCAUCGGCCAGGUACCACCUCCGUUAUUUUCCGGCCCCUAGCUCCCAAAAGAGCAAAUGAGAGCCUGGGAGGACUGAGCCCCGCCCCGCCGCCUUUCUUGUCCUCUCCGCAGGAGACCACUCCUCUACCUAGCUUCACUUCAGGGGUUCCCAGCCACGUGUCAGCCCCCGGUUCCCCCGGCACCCCACGCUCCUCGGGGCCCCUGACGGCCACCAGCUCUCUGUACAUCCCAGCCCCCAGCCGUCCUGUUACGCCUGGUGGAGCCCCAGAGCCCCCCGCUCCCUCUAGCGGAGCUGCCAUGACCUCCACCGCGUCUAUCUUCCUAUCCGCGCCUCCGCGAUCCGCUCCGCGCCCCGAGGUGCCCGCCCCUGGGCCCGCGGCCCCUGAGCCCCCCAGCGCUCGGGAGCAGCGCAUCUCUGUGCCAGCUGCUCGCACCGGCAUCCUUCAAGAAGCCCGGCGUCGGGGGACCCGGAAGCAGAUGUUCCGGCCGGGAAAUGAGGAGACGAAGAAUUCGCCCAACCCUGAGCUGCUGUCGUUGGUGCAGAACCUGGAUGAAAAACCCCGGGCUGGAGGUGCCGAAUCUGGUCCAGAGGAGGAUGCUCUGAGCCUAGGGGCCGAAGCCUGCAAUUUCAUGCAGCCACCAGGGGGCAGGAGUUAUAAGACGUUGCCUCACGUGACACCUAAAACCCCGCCUCCUAUGGCCCCCAAGACCCCACCCCCUAUGACUCCUAAGACUCCACCCCCAGUGGCUCCUAAGCCCCCAACUCGAGGGUUGCUUGACGGGCUGGUGAAUGGGGCGUCCCCUUCGGCUGGGGUCCCUGAACCACCAAGGCUUCAGGGUAGGGGUGGGGAGCUGUUUGCCAAGCGUCAGAGCCGAGCAGACAGGUAUGUGGUGGAAGCUACACCUGGUCCUGGUCUUGGCCCUCGGCCCAGAAGCCCUUCUCCUACCCCCUCACUGCCCUCUUCCUGGAAAUAUUCACCCAAUAUCCGUGCCCCACCUCCUAUUGCUUACAACCCACUGCUCUCACCCUUUUUCCCCCAAGCUGCCCGAACUCUCCCUAAGGCCCAAAGCCAAGGGCCUCGGGCAGCCCCCAAGCAAGGCAUCAAGGCACUGGAUUUCAUGCGGCACCAGCCCUACCAACUUAAAACUGCCAUGUUCUGUUUUGAUGAGGUUCCUCCUACUCCUGGACCCACCGCCUUAGGGCCUCCCAAAACUGCCCGAGUCCAGGAGAUCCGCCGAUUUUCCACUCCAGCGCCCCAGCCCACUGCAGAGCCACUGGCCCCCACUGUGCUUGCCCCCCGAGCAGCCACUACAUUGGAUGAGCCCAUUUGGAGGGCAGAGCUGACCUCAGCCCCUGUCCUGAGCCCAGCCCCUCCUCCAGAGUCUCCCAGGGGUCUUGGGACUUCCCCCAGCUCCUGUGGCUUUCAGGUAGCCAGGCCCCGGUUCUCAGCUACCAGAACGGGAUUGCAGGCUCAUGUGUGGAGGCCUGGGGCAGGCCACCACUGAACAGGGCACAGCUCCCAGGACCAAGGGGAGGCGGAACAUCCAGUUCCUAAAGUUGCUUCUCUUACUAACACCCCUGCCCCCUCGGCCCGCCCCAGGCAUGUGGAGGCUAAAUUUCCUCCUGCCAGUGAUAGUUUUGGAGUAGGUGUCCCAUGCCCUAGCUUCCUCCUGGCUUUCAACCUUCCUGCUGCUUUCAGACCUGCCAGCUCUGCUUUGGUGUCUGUGCUUCUUUUUGUCUCUGUAGUUCCUUGCCUGGAUCUCUGUCUUAACUCUAGGUCUCUUCACCUACUCUCCUCCACUGGCCUCUAUAUCUCUACAUUUGUGCUUUCUCUGUGGGCUUUGUUUUGACAUUCAGUGGGAAAGACACAAAGAAGUUAUCACUGAGACUUUGGGCAAAGACGUCACCACCGGAUGGGCAUCAAAGGGACUGGACUGGCCCCUGUUUGCACUGAGAUGCUUGCCGCUCCUGACUCUUCUUUCAUAAGCUUGGCUGGCAUAUUCCUAGGUGUGUGUGUGUGUGUGUGUGUGUGUGUGUGUGUACAGAUGUGCUCUUUUGUCUGAGGCAAGAGUAAGGGGAGAGUUCUAGAUAAAGACCCAGUCUGAGUCUUACCAUUGAACUGAUGAAAGAAGUGUCAGCCAUCCCCACAUGGAUUGUCUGGCGGGAGAAACUCACUAAAGAUCAUCAUCUGUAGCAGGUGUAGAGCAUCUUGUGAAACUCACAGAGUAUGAGGAGACUCAAAGGGCCGGGGCAGUUUAUAUGGGUUGAGUUAUACCAGCUGGACCAGGAAUAGAACUAAGAACUCUAUUUCUCAGGAUUUCAGAAAGUAACUUGAGAGGCCCAUGCUGAGCAACCAAACAUCCAGGAAAUGAGAAGAAAAAGAAAAUGUCCUUGGAGAAUGACAAAUUAUUGGCUUUGUUGCUUCAUGAACCUAAGAUAGAAAGGAAGGAGAAAAGAGCCAUUAUGUGGAAAGUGAGCUAGAAACCAGGAGCAGAACAGAUAUGAAUGAAACUGAUUGAGCACAGAGAGGAGCGUGGUGAGGGAGAGUAUAGUGUUGGCAGAGAGUAAAAUUGGGUAAUAAGAAACCAACCAUCUACAGAAAGGGGCACUGGGGAAAAUUUGAGGGAAAAGAAUGUUAGAGUGAAGGGGGAUGAUGGUGGCAGGAUGUGAGAGUGUGUGCUCUGUUGAAAAAACAGGUGGUAUCUGUGCUGCUUCCUUUGAGUCUGUCCCUCUGUCUUUUGCAGUUUGUCAUAACUACCUGGGAAAGGGUAAGGAAACACCCAGAGCCAAGACCUCUUUUUUAGUUCCUCCCCAUCCCUCAAAUCCUAGCUCUUGUUCCUUUUCAGCUUCAGGUCCUGAUCUUUGAUCCUAGAGGGAGAUGGACUCCCCUCUCAGCAUGACCACUGUCAUCGCCCAUCACAUUUGCUGCUUGAUCUGGAAAUUGUUCAUUUCCUUUGCAUAUUGAGUGUGAGUCACAUACCUUGGUUUGUGCACAAGAAUAAACUUAUGCCCCAUA